GGUACAUAUAAAAAACAGGUUUUGAAUUUUGAAAAAAAAAAUGUUAUUUUACCAUGAUGGAAGGAGAGACCCCCCCGCCGCAAUGGCAGGCUCCGAUGAAGGUUUGAGGAGCGCAAUUGAGGCGGAGCUCGCCGAGUUGGUAGGAGGAGAAGCAGGGGAACCCAACGGCGGCGGCGGAAGCAAGGUGAAGGGGCCGUGGUCGCCGGAGGAGGACGUGGUCUUGACGAGGCUGGUGAGCAAGUUCGGGCCGAGGAACUGGAGCCUGAUCGCUCGUGGAAUCCCAUGUCGUUCUGGGAAAUCGUGCCGAUUGCGGUGGUGCAAUCAGCUUGAUCCUUGCCUCAAGCGCAAACCUUUCACUGAUGAGGAGGACCAAAUCAUAAUCUCGGCUCAUGCAACUCAUGGAAACAAAUGGGCUGCAAUCGCAAAAUUUCUGCCUGGGAGAACAGAUAACGCCAUCAAGAACCACUGGAAUUCAACACUGAGACGUAAAUAUGCAGAUCCAUGGAAGUUCAAGUCUGGCAUCAAGAAAGAAAAGGUGGAAAACAUACCAACUCCAUCCCCAGAAGAACAAUUGUCUCAGGGAGAAAAGACCACUUCUGAAUCUCCAGAACUAAAUGAUGUUACAAUGGAUGAUAGCUCCAAUGAAUCUCGUGAACAUAAUAUAUAUCGCCCAAUGGCUCGUAUCGGUGCAUUCACCAGCCUGAGGAGUGGAUACAGGGAGCAACAUAUAGUGCCAUGUGAGGGACCUCUGGCUCAGGCCUCCAGACCUGACUCAGCCGGUGGUGUAUUUCUUCAGUCCCUUUCCGAUGAACCUAACAUCCCCGCAAAAUGCGGGCAUGGUUGCGAUACUUAUCCGUCCAAAAGCUUGUCUUCCUCUCGGAACUCUCUGUUGGGUCCAGAGUUUGUGGAUUAUGAGGAAACUUCUACCCUUUUGGACCUAGAAUUGAUCUCUAUAGCCACCGAUCUCAACAACAUUGCGUGGAUAAAGAGCGGCCUUGACAAUACGCUUGUUAGAGAAUCUGAGCAGAGUUUGAAGGCCGAUGAUUUUCAAGCCAAGUUUACCGGGAUGAUGAACAAGACAAGACUUUUCUGCACGAGCUGAACUCGAGGGAUUGAACUAGGAGAUACGGCAUUCAUAUUCUCUUUCGUGCUUCUGAUCAUAGAAGCUGGGAGCACAGAUCUCUUGAAGGGAGAGUAUUGGCGUGAUACUAUGGAAGAUGAGAUUUUCAUCGGCUUGUAGGGAUACAUCAUAAUCUUCAACGGCGAUCACUUUAGAAGAUUUGAGCUUAGAGAAACCAUUGCAGAGCUUCAAUGGAAGCAUAGGACUGUAAUC